AAAGAAAAAACAUUCUUUAAAUUGAAAUGAUUCAUGACGUUAUUUUCAGGAAAACAAAUAGAAUUUCGAAAAUAAAUUGCGAUGAGCUGUAAUUUAGGAUUUAAUCCCUUUUAAAAAGAUUUUGUUUUUAAAAGGUAAGAAAUCGACAGAAGAAGCCACUGAGAAACACGUAGACUCUGGUGAUAAGCUUCUUCCAUUCGCUAGUGAUAAAAUCAAGAAACAUAAACAUAAACUAUGUAACCGAAGAAAAAUAAACGAAGACGAUCAUUACAUGCCAAUGGAAAAUUACAGGAGGGACAUUAUCAGCCAGCUGCCAGAUGAUCUGCUCUUAAGGAUACUGUCGUCACUUUCUCUUAAGGAAGUGAUGGCAACGAGUUUCUUGUCCCAACGGUGGCGGUCUUUAUGGAAGUUGGGGUCUAAACUCAAGAUUGGUAAUAAAGACUUCAGCGAGUUGCUUGUCAAAUGGGUUUCCAGAUCUUUGGCUAUUAGUAACCCUCAGAUUCUAAAGAGCUUGGAUAUAAAGCUUAUCCCAGGUGAACUUGAUAGAAAUAUAAACUCUUUGUAUAGGUUCUCCUCUUUGGUUAAAACCGCAGUUUCUUGCGGUUUGAGAGAGUUGAAAAUCGAGUUUCUUUACACAUCACUAGAACUGCCGAGUAUCUUCUAUGCAUGUGGGACCCUCGAAACCUUGAUACUCUGCAGGCUACAUUUCGCGGAUGUUCCGCCUAAUGGUUCCUUGUCGUCUCUCAAAACUCUUUGCCUUUUAUCCGUCAAGUUCUCACGCGACGAAUCUGUUCAGAAGCUUCUAAGCAUUUGUCCAGUUCUUGAAGAGUUGGUUGUAAGACGAUCCGGAUAUUCCAAUGUGGAGAUCUUCACUAUCAACGUGCCUAGUUUGAUGAGUUUAUCGAUUGAUUAUAUACGUGUGGGAUCUCAUCAACCCGCGGGUGUUCAUGGAUUUGUCAUAAAUGCUCCUUCCUUAAGGUACCUGAACAUUAGAGACCGUCACAGUAACUAUUUGCUGUUCACAAAUAUGCCGGAGCUGGUCAAGGCGAAUGUUGAGGCUGUUUGUGAUCAAUCCGAGAGUCUAAUAGGAUCUCUUGCCUCAGUCCGUCAUCUCUCUUUGUGUUCAAAAUCUUCAAACAUUCCAUACCAUGCAGGCACUUCCUUUGCCUUUCUUGAACAUCUAGAGCUGUGUACUUGUUCUUCGGAGUGUUGGAAUCUACUUUCCCGCAUAAUCACAGACCCCCUAACACUUCGAGUUCUCAAGCUUAAGUCGAUACAUCGCGCCCAUUAAUGGUUCUUGGAACAAGCAGACUUUUGUUCCUGAAUGUUUGUUAUCGCAUCUCAAGAAUUUGGAAUGUAAACAUUCAAAGGCUCAAAGCUAAACAAGUGGCCAAGUAUAUCUUAGCAAACGCUGGUCAUCUGAAAUUAUCUUGUCAACAUGUUUUCAAUCUUUUUUUAAUUGAAUGUAAAAUUGAUUCGAACAAGAAACUCAUUUCUAUAUUAAGUUCAACAUGUCACUGAA